GUCAAGACUUAUUGAAUCAAUCUCGCCAUAUUGACAAAGUCAUUGAAGCACAAACUCUAGAGAUGAAGGAAGGUAAACGCUUACGGGUUAUGACCUCUAUUGAUGUUGUUCGGUGGUUGGCUUCACAAGGAUGUGCUCUACGAGGUCAUGAUGAAUCCUCUAGUUCUAGAAAUCGAGGGAUACGAUGGUGCUAGCAAUAUGCGGGGAGUGUGGAAUGGGUUGAAAGCAUUAUUUUUAAAUGAUUGUCCUUCUGCCUACUAUGUUCAUUGCUUAGCACAUCGGUUGCAAUUAGCAUUGGUUGCUGCUUCUAGAGAGGAAGCUCAAGCACUUGAAAUUGCAAGAAUGUUGGAAAUUGGUGAGCUUGAAACAGGCAGAGGACUUAAUCAGGUUGGUACCUUACAACGAGCUGGGGAAACUCGAUGGAGCUCGCAUUUCAGUUCUGUUUUCAGUUUGAUUAGGAUGUUUGCUGCGACUUGUUCUGUUUUAGAAGACGUUGAAGAGAAUGGCAAUAACUAUUCUACUCGUGGAGAUGCAACUGGAGCACUUAAGAAGAUUAAAUCUUUUGAUUUUGUUUUCUUGUUGCAUCUUAUUAAACAAAUUAUGGGUAUUACAGAUCUUCUAUGUCAGCAUCUACAAAAGAAGUCCCAAGACAUAGUAAAUGCUAUGCA